GCUGCAGCCGGCAUCCGGAUGUACGUUGAGUGUUUCUGCUGUGCAGCUGCAGACGUGAUUUGUGAGUUUCUUCAACUAUUGUUGAAAAGUGCCGUUUUCAGCACUGAUCAUGGUUGAACCAAAGCAUUUACUGCACAGCGGGUACUUCCACCCGGUUUUGCGCAGUUGGCAAAGCACGAAUUGUGAGAUUUCUGCAAUUAAUUUGAUGUAUCCCGUGUUUAUUGUAGAUGAUCCCAAUGCUGUUCAACCUGUGGCUAGCAUGCCAGGUGUUAGCCGAUAUGGAGUCAAUCGACUGAAAGAAGCACUUGAGCCCAUUGUGAAAAAGGGUUUGAAGUCCAUUCUGUUAUUUGGUGUAGCAGAGUCUCUUCCAAAGGAUGCUGUUGGAUCAAAUGCUGAUUCCAAAAUAAAUCCUGUGGUCAUAGCAAUACCUCUGCUCAAGAAGUGGUUUCCAGAUCUUGUUAUUGCUUGUGAUGUUUGCCUAUGCCCAUAUACUUCCCAUGGUCACUGUGGGCUUUUGUUGCCCUCAGGUGCCAUCAACAAUGAAGCCAGUAUAAAACGAAUUGCAGAAGUGGCUCUUGCAUAUGCAGUUGCAGGUGCUCACAUUGUUGCUCCAUCGGACAUGAUGGAUGGCCGAAUUGGAGCCAUCAAGAAAGCUUUAGCAGGUGCCGGCCUAUCCAACACUGUCAGUGUCCUCUCAUAUGCUGCCAAGUUUGCUUCUGGCUUCUAUGGGCCAUUCCGUGACGCAGCCAAAUCUGCUCCAUCAAGUGGGGACCGCAAAUGCUAUCAGCUUCCAGCAGGCAGCAAAGGCUUGGCAGCUCGAGCUACAUUGAGGGAUGUCAAUGAAGGAGCAGAUAUGUUGAUGGUGAAACCAGGUCUUGCCUACCUGGACAUUGUUCGUCAAACCAAAGAUGCCCACCCGGCACACCCUUUGUUCAUCUAUCAGGUUUCAGGAGAAUUUGCAAUGAUAAUGCAUGCAGCUAAGGCAGGAGCUAUUGACUUACGGACUGUUUUGGAAGAAGUUCUUCUCUCAAUGCGUAGAGCUGGUGGGGACUGCAUCAUAACAUACUUCACUCCUCUAAUUUUGGACUGGAUUCAAGUGAAAGCGAAACUUUAAGAAGUUGCCUUCCUACAUUUUUACAAUUUUGGGUUUAGUUAAAGUAAUGAAUUGGUUGAGCUGUCCUUAAAGUGGACUUAGGUGGAUACGGAAAUGAACUUUGUGGCUAAUUCAGUGUUGUAAUUUAUUAGAUCUCAUUUUUAAUUUGUGUUAAAUAUUGUUGAUUUUGUUUUUAAUGUUGACACUUGUUUAAAUAGUUGAGGCUUUUCUCAUUCUAUUCUUCACCAGAUUUCUAUCAAUUUUGUUCCUAUAAUCCUAAACUUUCAUAUGCUCAAUGUGAAUCUCAUUUAUUUUUAUUUCUCGCACUUUGUAAGCUGCACCAGUCAAAUGUGGCAAAUGACAAUUUCAUACUCUGUGAUAUGCAUUUCAUUACCUGAUGUUGAGCAGCACCACCUAGAGUCUCUCUAGUCCUGUCCAUUCCAGGCGCCCGAGAGCGUCCGCGUAGGCAACCCAUCCGACUUCUCUCUUAUGGUGGCGGUGAUGGUGGAGGUGGUUUUAGUUCGCAGAUCAUAGUUAGACUGACUGAAUUGUUGAUGUAUUUUCAUUCGAAGUAAACGAGCCAAAACAAUGCGCGAGA